AUGUGCGCAAACUGCAAGCAUACGGGCUGUUGGCUCUUUCUUUCUGUGAUGCUGCUUCUGGUGUUAGGCUCACCGCCCACCCUUGCCCAACGAAUUUGCAAAAACACCAGAAACACUACAUACGAUCUCAGGACACUUACACUUACCAGCCAAAUAGUGCAAAGUAUUGUGCGGGCCACGAACUCUCAAAUCACCGAAGCUGAUUUCACCAAAUUGAAGUCCGAUCAAACAACCAAAUGCCCCACAAUUGACUGCCCCACCCUGUACAACCUUAUCAGUACAUUUCAUGCAGAAAAUGUGAGUUCUAUACUAGAAUUUGUCGAUUAUGCAGAGAUAUUUCCUGACUGUCGAUUACUUAUAGUCUGGAUCGCAUCAAUCGUUGGCGUUAUCAUUAUCAGCGCGGUCGGUCUUCUUGGCGUGGCAAUUGUUCCUCUGGUGGGCAAAAAGUUCUACAAUGACGUGAUCCAGUUUCUGGUCGCCUUAGCUGUUGGCUGCUUGACAGGGGACGCAUUCCUUCACUUGCUGCCCCACGCCAUCGCAGGUGGGCAUUCACAUGAAGAAGCAGGUGAAGGGGAAGAAAACGCAGAGCGUGAAGCAAUGCUGAAAGGUUUAGUCGCCCUAAUUGGCGUCUACUUCUUCUUCUGCGCUGAGAAGUUGGUUAGUACAAUCUCGGAGUACAAGGCCGAAAAGAGAGCGGAAGAAGAAGAACGCGAGAGAAUAUUAAAGAAUCCUCGAAGGUCCACUGAUAUCAGGAGACUAAGCACGUUCCGUGAGUCCAUAUCGGUGACUUCAAGUCUUCGGCGCGGUUCCAGACUACCCGGUGUUGAAGCCAACCGGCGACCGUCCCGAGCUCCCUCUAUUUUGGCUGAUGAUAUCCUGACAACAGGAAUAACAGCAAAAGGUAUAAACGUGUACACCAUGAAAAAUGUCGAGGUAUUGAGCGCUUAUGCGGAAGAAGAUGAAGAAGACCUAAACUCUGAGGUCAGAGACGGAAACCUGACUCUGCAGGUCCCCUCAAUCACGGUCCACCCAUCCGUAACAAGUGACGAGGAAAGCAGUAAACCGGCAAAGGCUGGAAAGGGGAAGAGCAAGAACGAGAAGCAUUCCCAUGCUGCCGGAGACGAGGCAUCUACCACUGAUGAGGUGACGAUUGAACAACCAAAGAAAGACGAUCAUCAUGGUCACUCCCAUGCGGUAAGUGCCAGAAGAUAA